GACAUACUGCUUUACAAUGAGAAAGGAGGGCAGGUUAAUUCAGUGGAUCUGGUGGAUUGUGGUUGUGCUGGCUUUGUUCUUCCUGGGCUUCAUCAUAGGCUGGUUUGCAAAACCCACACCUCCACAUACUGCAAGCAACAGUGCUUCAAGCAAGUAUCUGAGGGAGUUUCUGGAUGAAAUGCAGCCACACCAGAUCAGAGAGCACCUCAGGAAAUUUACACGACUCCCUCACCUGGCUGGUACUGAGCAGAACCUCAAAUAUGCAGAGCAGAUCAAGAAAGAGUGGCAGGAGUUUGGCUUGGACUCAGUGGACAUGGUGCCCUACGACGUCCUGUUGUCCUAUCCCAACAAAUCACAGCCAAAUUACAUCUCAAUAGUUGAUCAACUUGGCAAUGAGGUUUUUAACACGUCCUUGGCGGAACCGGUUCCAGAGGGUUAUGAAGAUGUUUCAGACAUUGUGCCUCCAUACAGCGCCUUCUCUGCCAAGGGACAACCUGAGGGUGAUUUGGUUUAUGUCAACUAUGGUCGCACAGAAGACUUCUUCCAGUUGGAGAGGGAAAUGGGUAUCAAUGUAACCGGGAAGAUUGUCAUUGUCAGAUACGGGAAAGUAUUCAGAGGCAAUAAGGUGAAGAACGCCAUAUUAGCCGGAGCAAAGGGGAUCAUCAUGUUCUCAGACCCUGCAGACUACUGGGCUAAUGGAGUCCAGCCUUACCCUGAUGGCUGGAACCUGCCCGGUGGAGGAGCUCAGAGAGGAAAUGUUCUCAACCUGAACGGGGUUGGAGACCCACUCACACCAGGGUACCCCGCUAAAGAAUACACCUACAGAUCCAGCCUUGAGGACGGAGUGGGACUUCCCAAGAUUCCCGUGCAUCCAAUAGGCUUCCAUGAUGCCAUUCACUUGCUAAAGAACAUGGGAGGACAGAUUCCACCCAACAACUGGAAAGGAGGUCUGAAUGUCUCUUACAGGAUUGGACCAGGCUUCACUGAUGACUUCAAGAGCCAGAAGGUGCGUAUGAAUAUCCACACUAACAACCAGGUAACUAGGAUCUACAACGUCAUUGGCAGGAUUAGAGGAGCUCUGGAGCCAGACAGGUAUGUGAUCCUGGGGGGGCACCGGGAUGCCUGGGUCUUUGGAGGAAUUGAUCCCAUGUCUGGGGCUGCAGUGGUCCAUGAAACUGUCAGGAGUGCUGGCAGGCUGCUCAGUAAAGGCUGGAGGCCGAGGAGGACUAUAAUAUUUGCCAGCUGGGAUGCAGAGGAGUUUGGACUGCUGGGAUCUACAGAAUGGGCAGAGGACAACGCCAAGCUGCUGCAGGAAAGAGCUGUGGCCUACAUCAAUGCAGACUCUGCCAUAGAGGGCAUGUAUACACUGCGGGUUGACUGCACCCCGUCUCUGCACACUUUGGUGUAUGACCUCACCAAGCAGAUAGCCAGUCCAGAAGAAGGAGAGGAGGGAGUUUCUCUGUAUGAGAGCUGGCAUAAGAGGGACAACUGGACGAAUGACCGUGAUGCACCCAGGAUCAGUAAACUGGGCUCAGGCAGUGAUUUUGAGGCCUAUUUCAUCCGUCUGGGAAUCGCUGCAGGCAGAGCCAGAUACACCAAGAACAAGAAAACAGAGCGUUACAGCAGUUAUCCAGUCUAUCACAGCGUGUACGAAACCUUCGAGAUCGUGGAGAAGUUUUACGACCCUUCCUUCAGGCGGCUUCGGGCAGUAGCUCAGGUGAGAGGUGGGCUCAUAUUCCUGCUGGCAGAUUCCCAGCUGCUCCCUCUCAAUGCCGACCAGUACGCCCACUCACUGAGGAAGUACGCACAGAGCAUCGCACAGCUGGCGCAGAAGCACCCAGAGGAGAUGGAGAUGUACGAGGUGUCAUUUGAUUCCCUGUUUUCUGCAGUGGAGAACUUCACUGUUGCAGCCAGGGAUUUCCAUGAGCGCCUGCAGACUCUCAACAGAGCAGAUCCUCUGCAGGUACGUAUCAUGAACGAUCAGCUCAUGUAUCUGGAGAGAGCCUUUACAGACCCCCUGGGCUUACCCGGUAGACCCUUCUACAGACAUGUGAUUUUUGCUCCCAGCAGCCAUAAUAAAUACGCAGGGGAGUCUUUCCCUGGGAUCUAUGAUGCAUUGUUUGACAUUGAGAACUCAGCUGACCCAGAGAAGGCCUGGGAGGAAGUCAAGCGUCAAAUCAGCAUUGCAGCAUUCACCGUUCACGCUGCCGCUAUGACCCUGACACCACCUGCAUGAAGGACGCACAAAAGGUUUCAAGCCAUGUGACUGAACUGUCGACUGAUUAUUAUUUUAGAACACAAAAAUGUGAAAAGGAGGAAUAAACUACUCAACACACACAGCGAUGGACAAUCCGUCAUGUUCCAGGAACAGAAAUUCAGUAUAUCUCUGAGCACCACUACCAGAAUACAACUUACUUUACUCUUGGUUUCUGGUUUGUGAUGGCGCUAAUAAUAAUUUAUGUUUUGGUUUGGUUUUUGUUUGUUUGUUUUUUGUUGUUUUGUUGUUGUUGUUUUUUCUUUUUGUUGUUGCUGUUUUGUAAUGAUCGU